GUGUCUGUGUCACGAAAUCCUGCUCCAUAGCACGUGUGUCGCAAAACAGCGACAGUGUCGUUAUUGUACGUAGUCCGCGUCUCCAUAAAAACCCACAGAUUCUGUCAACUGUUAACACUGAAUCUGCUGUGUCAGAUAUGAGACAAACACGGCACUGCUGAAAACAAGGUCAACUCGGAGCAAGUGUAAUUCAUUUUCUGCGUCCAGGAGACGGCAAGCGCGGCUGGCAAGUUGGUUCGAACCGGACCCCCCGGCUAGCGCAGCAAGAGACACGCACAUGCAUGUCACUCUGUAAACAAACUGGGUGCUACACAUCGAUGCCAUCCCUGUCUUUCGAGAAAGAAACGGAGAUAUAUGGGACAUUUCCCCGGGAUAAUCUUGGUUGAUUCGUUGUUAUAUGUGUGUGGACGGCCUGGAGGAUGUGUCGGUAGCCAGCAGCGAAUGCCCGACCCCUGUUUCCGUUGCAUGCCGACUGUCACCCUGUUUAGCAAAAAAACCUCGAUUGUGUGCGCAUCGCACCGUUUCUCAGCUGUCUACAUAAAUCUAACUCGUUUUCUGUAGGCGGACACUUGUUUUCAGCUCUGCGUCAGUUUGUGGCGGAAACGGACUGUCCUGGUGGUGUCGCUAAGUACAAACCAGCGUGAGACAUGUCCACGCAUGCACCACACACUCUGUGUAAGCGUAUUUUUUCGCCUGGAUAGUCGUGCGUUCUCGAAAGUUUCACCGGAGUUUUUCCCAUGUGGAAGACAUUUUCUCGCAGCCCUACUUAACUCUCCGGCGUUCCAGCGAAAUUGUAACACGAAUAACUGACUAUGGCCGUUUGUUUUGGGGGCGUCCUGCACGCAUUUCUUCGCCUUGGGGAAGAUCCUCACUGACUAUUUCAGGAGUCGUGGCACCAGGAGAUGCCGGAAGCUGCAGAACGGUGUGAGCAGCAGUGUAUUUUUCCCGGUGCCUCAUUUGGCCUGCACAUUUCGCAAAACCAUUUUUGAGGCUGCAGCGCGCAGACACGUGGCGGAAGACUCUUCGAGCUGUCCAGUGAGGCUGAGGAAAGGCCCGAUAGUCAGAGAGUUGGGAUGCAAGGUAGCAGCGUAGACUUUGUCCGCAAUUGAAAGCGAGUUCGGUAGCGUCCAUCGCCUUUCUGUCAUCUAUUUUGUUCACGCCGGUCGUGCUUCCCGUAGGUCGACAAUCGCCUCGAAGUGUCUGCGGAGUCAACGGAACACAAUUUGUUCUGUCUCGAAGCGCCAGUCAGGAUUUUCCGUCAGCGUCAUCCUUCGUUGAUCCGGCGGCAUGUCUCUCAACUUGCUUGUCGAGUUCGCUUUGCAUUUCACGUCAUUUCGAAAUGUUGAUCUCUUGCAGCAGGGCAUCUACCAUGUCAAAGCCCAAGUGAUUCUCCACCCUCGCUCGUCGUUACUUCUUCCGGUCAGAGGCCAGCCGAAUUCUUCACCGGGAGACGGGGACGCGUCUCCGGGGGCUGAGGGCGCUGCGUCUUACUCCGUCCCCGCCGUAGGUGGCGGGGGAAAGAGUUCUCCUCCAGAAGAGAAAGCCGGCUCGACAGGCGCCGCUUCUUCGCGACUCCGGCCGUUUGAUGUCUCUCAGCGGAGUGAAGAUGGCAGCAACAGCUCCCGGGAGGCUGGGAAGCCCCUCCGCAGCGUGGCAGGAGCCCCGGAGACUGGGGUUUGCAUGCGACGUUUGCUUAACCGGCGGAACGGCUGUGCCCUGGCUGCAGUGCCCUACUCCUUCUUCUCAUCUCCGCUUCAGCAAGAGGACGGGCUUCAUGCUUCUGAUGGCGGAUCGAGUCGCAGGACUCUGAGUGGCGUGCCUGCGAGAGGCGGGGUGGGCGGACGACUCGAAGGGAAACUCCGAUCUGGAGAGCAACAGCACUGGGCCUACGAUCGCUCUGGGGCGUCGGGACACCGAUCAGUGACAGCUGCGAACGAAGCGGUGCUUUUCCUCCUCCAGCAAGAGCAGCAGAGUGUCGACGGAUUGUCUCGAAGUGCACUCGACGCCAGCCGCGGACUCCAACACAAACGCGGGGAAUGGGAAAAUCGGAACAGCCACGCCCUUGUCCCCCCCAAAAUUAGUGAGGCAGACAACUCGUUCUCCACCAGAGGCUUCCUCAUCCGCUACUGCGACGAGCAGGUUGCACUCUCCGACACCGUCUGCUUCCGCGUGGAGGUCCCCUUCUCAUCUCCGACAACGCUCACGGACCUUUUCGCGGUUCUCCAGCUGAGCCUUUGCUUCACGCCGCACUCGCCGCAUCCUUCGUCUCACAGUGCCGAGCGCAGUGACGAGGCGGCAAUGAAUCGCGGGAGGGCCAAAGGAGGCGAGAAGGAGAGCGAGAAGCGUGUGGAGUCCUGCAGACAGGGGAGUACGAUUCGGGGGCGACAAGGUGCGAAUGGGGGAGCCACGCCUUCAAGUGAAGCGCCUGCGACUGGGACCUGGCAGCGCUCUGCUUCAACAAAGAUUUCGGGGGACCGAACUCACAGUGAGAGUUUCCACGUUUCGACGGCGCGAGAGACACCCGAAGGAGUUGGAACUCGGCCAGGCCGAGAAGGGAAACGGGGGCGGAAAGACGGCGACGGGACAGAAACGUCUUGCCUCGCUGUGAAAUUCCUCCUCAUCAGUAACUUCCUGACGGGCAUCCAGACGUUUGUUCCGGUCAUUUUCGAUGAAGGUCAGUUCGCUCUGGUGCACAUGCUUCUCGUUGCGUCUGUGGUGGAUAUUCGACUUCGCUUGCGCCCCGCCCUGCCGCUCUCCCCCUUCCCGGUUCCCGUGCCUCAUCACUUCGAGGAGCAUCGGCGCUGUGCGUUUCUCCAGUUCCACCGAGUUCUACAAAAGUGCUGUGCAUGCAGCGACAGCCGCGAAGUUGCAGGCGACUUGCGGACUCGAGGCGAGUCUGUAAAGUCUGAAGGCCGCCAGCGGCCCCCCCGCAGCGAGGCCUCCCGACGGGCUUCUCGCGGACCCGGUCCCGGCAGGCUCGUGCCGAAAAACGUUGGAAGUGACGGGGGAUUUGUGGAUGGGGCGAGGACGCGAAGAGGCGGCUGGAUCGAGGACGACGACGUGGAAGACGAAGAGCUGUGGUCAGACUUCAUGGCCGACGAGGCGACUGGCGACACCCCGCAAGCCGCAGUGUUCUUGGACCAGAAGACGGAGCCCGGACAUCCCUCCGGAAAAGGCCCAAAAGCUGGGAGGGACGUCGGCCAUUUCGCUCAGGUCGAGAACCUUCUGCUGACCUUGGAGCCGUCUCUCGCGGCUUUUCUUGUGGGCGCGGGGACAGCUUUUGCGGAGGCAGGCGGAGCUGUUUUCUCGGAAAGCUCGAAGACACGCGUCAGGGAUGGUGCUCGCGCCAGAGAAAGUGCCAACGAAGUCACUGCCGCAGCUGCGGCGGCAGCGGGGGCUGCGCGCACGUGGCUCGGCGAACGAAGCAAGCGAGGGGAGACGAGGCCUCUUCCGCAUGCACCCAGUGAGAGGCCUCAGCACGAGAGUUUCGACGAGGAAAACUUGCUGGGAAGCGCCGCGGCCUUGCAUGCAGCCUGUCUCCAACUUUUGAUUGAAGUGUAUUUGAAGCUAGCGACGGCCGCAGCCAAGCUGUUUGCCCGGUGUCUGCUUCCAGAGAGGCGGCAGCACCUCUUACCUCUCCAACAGAUCGACGACCUCAUUUUGCCCGGCGGCGGUGUCCUGCAAGCCUCGGGCGCGCUCUUCCGGGAUCCGCCGGAGACCGCUACCGAGAGCAAAGCUGCUCCGGACUCACGGGGUGGCAAUUCGCCUUCUGUCUCUUGUGGCAUUACUCCGGACAGGUUUCUCCGGCUCCUAAUCAGCCACGAAUCUCCAACGAGGGAGAGUAGUCGCUCUACCAGCACAAGGCACUCUGGUGGCAGUGGUAUUCGGGUUGAAGGAGAGGGACUGCACGUGGAGAACGACAGUUCGGAAGGCAGCGUGACCAUCGUGGGGUCUGGCUUUGAAUCCCUGGUGGAGAAACAGCCUGGUGUAGCGUCCAAUGGUGACCGAAUGCAGCUUUCUGGAAAUCGUCGGUGCUCUGGAGACUCAGCCAGGGGCGAAGAAGUCAGCAGUGGCCGCAGACAACCGUUCAGUGGCGGAAGAUGCGUCGUCGUAAAAGUGCUGCGACUGGAAACGCGCGUGAAAUCGAUUACUCCAGACGAAAUUUGCAGCAUCAUCGCAUCCGAUGUGCACAUUAUCGCCAGGCAGCUCUUCACGCUAUGGAGCCGUCUUUUGGCGGCAGUGCCCGUCAUCAGUCACGAAAUGGAACUCCUUCUGCGCGUGAACUGGGAACAGCAGUACGCGUCCCGGCUCUCUGCCUUCGUCCUGCAGCAUGUCAUUCCACUUCGACCUUCUGACAGGCUCUACUUCCCCCCGCCCGCUGUCGCAGACCUCCCUCAGGUGACGGCGGCAGGCCUCUCGCCCUCGGCACUCAUUCCUCCAGCCGCUGCUGCCUCUGCAGCCGCCGCCAUUGCCGCUGCGGCUCUGACCCAGCGUGGGUGUCCAGAGGCGAAGAACGACUGGGACGACAACUCCGAAGUUCAGCAGCAGAAGAGGACAGUGGCGGCAGUCCUCUGCGCGAACGAGGAAGCGAUGUCGGAUCUGGCAGACGACUGGCGCGGUGUCGUGGAUGAAAUCCACUGGAGACUGAUGCACGUUCACGAUUGUUGCCUCCUGGUCGCAAGUGACCGUCACCCCGUUGUUUUCGAGCAGCGGUAUCGGGCGUGUGCUUUCUCCGUCAACCCUCCGGCCGUACCACCCUGUCUGCCGCUGCCGCCUCCUUCGACUUCUCACAGUCUCGCUUGCGCCCCGCGAAGUUCCAAAGGCAUUCACCUCUUCGUCCUUGUUCAUGGAUUUCAAGGUAGCAGCCACGACAUGAGACUUUUGCGUAACAACAUCGCAGUUUUCUUCCCUGCUGCAGCGUUUCUUUGCUCCUCGGCCAACCAGGACCACACCGAGGGAGAUAUUGAGACCAUGGGCAAGCGCCUCGCCGAUGAGGUGCACGCGCACAUUCAGGAGUCUUUUCCUUUGGAAGGCCUCGCGAGGCUCUCCUUUAUCGGCCAUUCUCUUGGAGGCGUUAUCAUUCGAGCAGCGCUGCCACACCUAAUCCGACCGUACGGCAGCCGCUUUUUCCUUUACCUGUCACUGUCUUCGCCUCAUUUUGGGUUCGUGAAGAGCAAAAGCCGCCUUGUCAGUUUGGGUGUCUGGCUGCUGAAGAAGUGGCGAAAAAGUCUCUGUCUCCAGCAGUUGACUCUGAGCGACGCGAAAGACUACUCCUCAGCAUUUUUGUACCGAUUGAGUCGCCGUCCAGGGUUGAGCGAGUUUCAGCACAUUUGCCUAGUCGCUUCGUCGCAGGACACCUAUGCGCCACUACAAUCUGCCGCGAUUUUGCUGCAUCAGUCCCGAUCGCACUCCUAUGAGCCUCCGGCGUCGAGCCCGGGUCAAGGCAACAAAGUGAGUCCCGGUGUGUGUGCAAAUCCCACUGUGUCUCCGCGUGCGUCCGAAAAGAGUCGGACAGCUGCGGAGCCACUCAGUGGGAUGUCUGCGCACUCCGGCGGCCCGUCGUGGAAGGACGGGAGUCGAAACAGUGGCUCCAUGGGCCACUUCGAAGGUCAAAAUGGGAUGCUUCCGCAUGAUUCGUUUGGAAAGGUUGACGCGCUUUCAUCUGAUCAGAACUGCGAUAGCGGUGUGAAAAACUCGAAGGGCCAACAAAAUCAUGAGAAUGCCGACGACCUUGAGGACACCGAAGAGGCGGAGCAACUGACCCGGCAAAGCCAGGUUGUGGAGAUGAUGGGCCGCAAUUUGCUUGGCAAUGUCAAUCCGGAGAAGCUCAUUCGUCUAAACGUUAAUUUCAAAAUUGCUGAAAGGAAUUUUGAUAGCUUUAUCGGGCGAGCAGCGCACAUUCUUUUCUUGGAGAACCAGACGUUCAUGCGAACUCUCUUGCUGAGUCAUCCUCACCUGUUCAAAUAAGCAGCCCGCUAAUCGGAAAACUGAAAAGAGAAAAAUCUGUCGGAUGUUUCGUACGGUCGAACGCGAACAGGUGGACACUCCUAGGUUAUAAGGAGAUGAUGUACGUCUAAAAGGAUAAGGCACCCGCAAAAUCUCAUGGCGUUCACAUAAGGCCUUACUCCAGCUGAACAUUCUGUCCGGAUGCCAAGCCUACUUUUGUAUCGACACAAUAAAUUUUGUCCUUGAAAAAGAGAAGUUGUGUUUGUCUGUAGUCGUGACUGCUGUAUGCCUUUUUUCCCAGUUCCGGCAACGCUCCUAGAUUGGCGUACCAGUACUUUUGGCGAAGAGCUUGGCACAAGUACGACGGAUAUUUGACGAAGGUUAAUUUAGUACGUAGGGGCUCUAUCCAACGCGCUCAUGGCAUAUUGCUGGUGUCGGUGGACGACUUUUCCCUGGUUCUGGUAGUGCCGGUGGAAUCGUUUGAGUCAUUAAUGUCGCGUUAAAAGUUUGCCGGUUUAGUGUGCAAAUUUUUGUUCGGCAUCGGCCAGAGAAUGAGUAGGAUUUCUUAGCACAAACUGGUGAAUAUAGUUGGUUCAGCGUGGGCGCUUACCCGCAGAUUGUUAACAGAAACUGUCAUUUCGAUCCCGCUAGUGAAGUUCUCACUUACGCUUCGACAGAAGGAUGUGGUUCGUACGCAUGCACGGUCGACAUGUUACAGUUGUCGCGGGAACGAAGUAUGAACUAUCAGCUGCAGUUGUGUUUCGGUUGUCAUUUAUGCCAGUGAAAAACUCGAAGCCCUGCGCAGCCCAAAACGCAUGUCCACAUCUAAACGUGGUGUGACAAGAACUCAGGUGGUUCUUCCAGACUACGCAACAACAAUCAUUCCUGUAACAAGGGACCACGGCACCAGUUCUCUCUAUCGAUUCGAGCUCAUGGACGGAAUAAUAGAUCUUUUUUCAGGAGCGUGUUCCCUAAAUCACAUUUGAUGCCAGAAAUCGUCGCAAUCUGAAGUCGAAAGUGAUACACAGGAUCAUAGACACUAGAUAACGAUACAUUGAAAGCAAAGUCGCACGUACGAGUAUAUUAAUCCCGA